AUGUCGAUGGAACAGCUGAUGGCCCUCGUGCCUCUCGAGGCCGCCAUGUCACACAAAGAAAAAGGCAGAAAAUCCAGAUGGGAAAAAUCAAAAAAAAGUGCAGACGGAAGCAGAUGGGGGAGCGAAACGGAUAAGCCGUUUCUUCCUCCGCCUUUUAUUGAUUUACCUAUCGGGAUGACGCCGCUGCAGGUGGAUCGGUUUCUGCGGGAGCAGCGGCUGGAGGAGUUAUUUAGAAAGCUAAACAACGGCAUAUUAGAGUUCUUUGAUGCUGACAUUCGUCCUCCUUCUCCUCCUCCUAUAUAUGAUAAAAAUGGUGGCAGAGUAAACACCAGAGACUACCCAGACUACAACUUCAUGGGUAUUAUCAUCGGUCCUCGCGGCUGCAACCACAAACGGCUGGAGGCGGAGAGCGGCUGCACUAUUUCUGUUCGAGGCAGAGGCACUCAGAAAGAAGGAAAGCGAGAUCAUCAGACAGACGAAGAAGCCUGCAUGCCGAUGCACGUUCAUAUCAUGGGCGACACCGACGAGGCGGUGGAGCGCGCGGUUGCUCUCGUCGAGCCUCUGCUCGAUCCUCUUCAUCCUGCUCACGAAGAAUUCAAACGCAGAGGCCUCGAACAGCUCGCCCUCCUCACGAGUGUCCAGACAACAACGAACUGCAGCCCUUCAAGAAGCCUGAAGUGCGCUGCGCCAUCUGCGGCGACUUGGGUCACGUUACCAUGGACUGCAAAAUGCGACGCGGAGAAGGGGGAGGGCCCCCGGGAGGGCCCCCAGGGGGCCCCCAUGGGGGCCCCCAUGGAGGCCCUCACGGGGGCCCUCAUGGGGGCCCUCAUGGGGGCCCUCACGGGGGCCCUCACGGGGGCCCUCAUGGGGGCCCCCAUGGAGGCCCUCAUGGGGGGCCCCAUGGAGGCCCUCAUGGGCCAGGGCGGCAUCCCGGGCAUCCAUCUAUGGGCGGCCGUCAGCCGCACCCGUACCGCGGGGGCCCUGAUAACUACAGGAUUGACAUGGUGA